CUUCCUUCCACAUAGGAGAGAGCAAGAAAGUUCGUGGAUAUCUACCGGAGUUUCUCCGGCCGGAAAAUUUGAGAAAGUACGUGGAGAUUAUGGACUGCUUGGCGAGGCAGCAAAUAGUAACUGAGUGGACACCAGGGAGAGAAGUGAAGGCUUUGCCUCUGGCGAGAAAACACACUUUUGCGCUGGCAUGUCAGCUUUUUAUGAGCAUCGACGAUCCCGAGCAGAUAGCCCGGCUAGCCAAUUCUUUCGCUCGAGUCUCAGCCGGGCUAUUGGCCGUGCCCAUUGAUUUUCCAGGCACGAUUUUCAAUCGUGCCAUCAAGGCGGCCAACAUGAUCAGGUAUGAGCUUUUGCCAAUCAUAAAGAAGAGGAGAGAUCUAAUGGCAGAGAACAAAGAGAUGGAAACUCGAGACCUGUUGCGCCACUUGAUCCUUUCGACGGAUCAAGAUGGCAGGUUUAUGACGGAGAUGGAAAUUGCUGAUAAGAUUUUGCAUUUACUUGUUGCGAGCCAUGACACCACGAGCACUGUGAUCACCUUUGUUGUGUUCUAUCUUGCAGAUUAUCCCCAUGUCUACAAAGAAGUCUUGAAGGGUAAUUCUUCUUCUUCUUACAUUGGUUUCCCUUGGACAACAGAACAAAUGGAAAUCUUAAAGUCCAAAGGUCCAGAAAAAGUGUUGAGUUUUGAGGACAUCCAAAAGAUGAGGUAUUCGCGAAAUGUUGUCAAUGAAGUAUUGAGGCUAUCGCCACCUGCUCCGGGAGCCUUUAAACAUGUCAUAAGAGACUUCACUUACGAAGGCUUCACCAUUCCAACAGGAUGGAAGGCACAUUGGAGCGUGUUUUCGACACACCAAAAUCCAAAAUACUUCCCAAAUCCAAAGAAGUUCGACCCUGCGAGGUUUGAAGGAAGUGGACCUAUGCCAUUCAGUUUUGUGCCGUUUGGUGGAGGUCCUCGUAUGUGCCCUGGGGCUGAGUUUGCACGCCUGGUAAUACUAAGCUUCAUACACAACUUGGUCACUAGAUUCAAGUGGGAGAAAUUGAUUCCAGAUGAAAAGGUCAAAUUUGAUCCAUCACCCAUUCCAGUGAAUGGAUUACCAAUACGGCUCGUGCCUCAUAAAUGUUAA